CACAACCAAGCCUACUGGCGCCAGACCAUGCAAACACAGAGAUGGUUCGCAGAUUUUCUGAACCAAAUAUUUCAUGUUCCCGGCUUAUUAGUGUUCUUCAGCAGAAUCUAACACACCGCGCCUGAGUCUCUUGAUGCAGCAUGGAGGCUUCCAGUGAGUGGAACACCAUUCCGGCGUAUGCAGCCCACCUCUCUCCACUCCACCCGAAUCUGCCUGCACGUGAUGUCCUCAUCAAAGAGCUGCGGUCUCUUAGCUCGCCAUUCACUUGCACUCGCAUACGGCUGCCCCUGCACUGCAAUAUUUGCAGAGAUGUGCCGGCUUCAACCUGCCGUGUUGUGUCGGAGAUGUUGCCGAUGAUUAACGAAUGGCUCUGGUCUCUGGCCGUCGAGAUCCACGAAGUUGAGCCGGGCCGCCUUGCGAUCACUGCCCUUGAGAAUGACAACAUGCCCCGUGGCGCCACCUGGACAGCCAACCACGCUGCUGUCUUGCUCCACUGUCUCCUCACCAGGCACCGCUGUGUUCAGGGGUCUGAAAUUCACCUCAGCUAAGGGGCCGCAGUCACGAAAAUUUACUCCCACAAGGGCCAGGACACAGUGACGAAGGGCUGUCCAGGAAUGCAUGGAGUAGAAGUUCUACAGUGCUUCUGCUUCUUCGAACAGCAAGGCUGGUUGUUGAGGGGCUGCAAUCCAUUUUACCUGCUACCGUAAGCUGUUCUGCGAUGCCUUGAGGAACAGCACAUCGCCAACCUGUGCUACGGCUAAGCAAGUGUGAGCUGACUGGUCCUGUGGUGCGGAGCAUCAUUUCUGCCAUAAGUGGUGCCGAGCAACUGAAGGAGCUCUCAUUGGACUGGUGCAAGUUUACCUCUGGCCAUGUUCGUGCGGCCGAGGAUGCGCUUUCCAACUACAUCGCCAAGACUCGGUCACUCUGCACCCUCAACGUGGCACAUGUGCCCCUGUUUCGCGAUUCGUCCUCUCUCAUCGAUUCCUUGGAGAAAAAUACGAGCAUCGUCAAGCUCAUUGUUGGCUCCUCAGUCCUGAAUCAGGGUCGAAGUUCCAAAUUUCGCCAAUUUCUCACUGUGAACAGGACAGUGAAAAAUUUGGUCAUCUGCAGUGAUUACUCCAGGUGUGUCCCAGAGGUGGGGGAAGUAUUCGAGGCACUAGUGAAGAACUCCACUCUGGAGGUGCUCACUCUUGAGUACUUUGAGCUGGACCCGUUUCUUGCACUGCAAUUUGCCAGGGUGUUCUUCUAUAACACCACCCUUCGCGAAGCUGGCUUUCCCUGCUGCACAUGGGACUAUCAGUUCUUGCGAGAGACAGACACCCGUAGACAGCGUAUGAUGUAUGCCAUUGCAGGUGAGCUGGGCAGGGACUGGCGGGUUUUUCCUCUAGUCAGGGCACUGGAGAAGACUUCAUCAUUGCAGAAGCUCGUUCUCGCUGGGUGCUUCAGCAACGACGAGACUCGACGGCUGCUGGAAGCAGCUGCUAAAUGCUCCUCCCUGCAGCAGUUGACGUUCGACUCCAUCAUGAUGCCGUCUGUGGAGAAAUUUUACCAAAUGGUGCAGGAGACGGGUGCUGACAGUAAGGUCCAACUGGGAUCGUGUCAUUCAGAGCCUGCGGCAUUUGUGUCUGGCCUGCAAUCUGGCAGCGACCUGCUGAGCAUGGGCCAUCACAAGUUCUUCCACCUGAACACGUCAACUUUUCGUGACAUUGGAGCUGCCCUCCUGCUGCAUGACCGUGUCACUGCACUCGAGCUACGGCUCGACACCUGGGACGAUGACUUUGUUGAGGAAGAUGCGUCCACGAUUGCAAGCUAUCUGUCCAAGACCACGGCUCUGAAGGACAUCUACAUGAAGUUCAGCAACUUCAACCAGGAUGCCCACCUCAUCAUUGAGGGGCUCUCCAAGAACAAGACAAUAGAAAAGCUUGGGAUUGAGGACUGGCUUGUGCGCAGCAAGGACAUAAAAAAAUUGUGCACUUGGUUGGUAUACAGCAAUACAGUGUACCACCUUGUUUACCUCUGUGCUCAGUACGAAGCAUGCAAAGUACUCCUUGAAGAACUGGCUGAUCUGCUCGAAGACAGCUACACCCUCACGUAUAUCCGUGUAGUGGAGUAUCCCUCCAACUUUCAGAACUGGCAGGCUGUGAAGCAGUUCAGGCGGCGGAACUUGUCGCUCGUUGAGUGUGCUGCCCGCUUUGUGUUGGGCUCGAAAUUAAAGCGGGCAGCAGCUGCUUAUGAAGCUGUGUGGUGGCACCCUCAGGUGCCGUCCAAAGUCCAACAACUGGUGCCGCAGAGCCGUAGAGAGGUGGGCAAGACAAUGCUACAGUGCAAUCACCGUGUACGGAUGCAGUUCUGGCAGCUUGCAGGCAUUGUCAAAGACGAGCUUGUCUGUCAUGAAAGGAUCGACGGUCGGAAGCAAAUUGACAAUCUGGGACUCGAUGCCUGGCUGCACGUUCGAGAGUUCUUGUGCAUCAGUGAUGUCUUGGACGAGACUGGGCAGAAGAGAAGGCUUUCACGAAAGCGUAAAAGGAGAUAAUGCUGCCACAUUAUCUGGGAGAACAUCUUGUGAUGUGUGAUGUGUUGUUUCAACUGACUGAUGGUGUUCCAUUCUGCAUAAAGCUAACUUAGACAAUGUUGUGGUUAAAUGUAUAAGCCUUCACAGGGUGGUUCUCGCCCACAUGUGUCUGAUCACAAAAGGCCACAGCUGGCAGUUUUGUACAGUACUGCCUCUUGCAUUGGUUUUGCGGUUGUUGAUCAAGAUCAAGAUGCAGUGAUAAUAAGUUUGUUACCUGCUGAUGAUGGCACUAAUAGUGGUAUCGCUAGCGGGAGGCACCGCUCUUGUACAGUCGCAGCUUUGAUUUACUGUCUCCUUACCGUUCACAAUAUUUUUGAGAAAUUCUGUUUUACCAGUUCUGUACAGUUUUUUUUUGUUUGUUUGUUAUUGAUAGGCAGGCAAGAUAUAGUGAAAAUACUGUAAAAA